CUCUCCUCUCUAGCGGCGGUCCACACAGCAUCCACUUGUGACCGUGAGAAAUGUCCAUCACACAUGUGCUGGUCAGUCUAGCCGCUCUAGCCGCCCUCCUCCCAGGUGCCUGGUGCCAAAACUUUGCCGGACAGUCCAGUGGUCUUAGAUCUGACUUAUGGGGAACCUCAGGUCUGACGUCACAACAGCUGUCCCUGCUCAGACAACAACUGACUGACCGAGGCCAGUUAGGACGCAGCGUCCUACAGAGACCACUACAGACAGACAAUGACGCCAGAAGUGUACGGCUCUCACGAGAACAGAUGUUACAGCGAGAUGGCCGGUUCUAUCAGUCCCAAAGACAGCCGGUCAGCCUGAGACCCCAGCAGACACAAGCCGGUUACAGCCGGCUGGCCUUGCCGGGUCAAAGAAUCCCAGCCAAUGUCCAACUGGCCAGGAUAGACCGCACGGGCAGGAUAAUUCCCCUCACCCCACGGGAGAGCGAUGACUUCAUCAAACGUGGGGGUCAGGUCGUUGACCACAUCCGUGUCAGAGAUCCCUCAGCCUACAACAGCCCGUCGUCACUGGCUCGAAAUGUGGUGCCUCAGUCACGUGAUGACCCCAGAACUAGAGGACAGAUUAGCAGUCCCAACAGACUGUCAGACGACAGCAGAAACCAGUUCCAGAGAUCCAACGUUCAGAGACUUCCCUCACAGAGUGACAGACGUUCAAACAACGCCGACCUUGACCUUACAGAGCAGCGCAGACUGCAGGCACUACAGAGAGAGCAGGAAAUUUAUAAAAAAAUUAUGCAGAAGAAACAAGAAGACCUGGCCCAGCUGAGGAGAAUAAACGACGAGAAGGAUCUACAGCACAAGCUGUUGCAACAGCAAAUUCUGGAGAAACAGCAGCUGUUGCUGAAACAGCGGCAACAGCUGUUACUGCUACAACAGCAGAAUGUACAGCCAACAGCAGCAACAGAGAAACCAGCUACAGCCGUACAGGAUAAACCAGCUGUUGUUCAGGAGAAGCCGGGAUCUCAAGACAAACCAGCUACAGCCGUAGUUCAGGAUACUCCAGCUACAGCCGUAGUUCAGGAUACUCCAGCUACAGCUGGUGUAGAAAGUACACCACUAAUCUCAGCACAAGCUGCCUCAGAGCCUAACACUGUGACGAAGAAUUUCCAGAAUGUUACAGAACCAACAGUUCAGUACUCACACAAAGAGCCAGUGAAUACAAAGAGAGAAAGGAUCUACCAGCUGGCUGAACUACUAGGCUUCAAGCCUACAGAUCUCUUCAAGCUGGUUGCAGAAAUGGAAGCCAGUAAAGUCAUAGCACAGCGUCCUGUAGACACAACAAAGCCAUACCUAAAUACAGCUGAACAGACGACCCAAUCUUUACUACAGCAACCAGAGCAGACGACAGAACUACCGCAUCUGCACAUCCUUAAUCAAGAUCCAGGACUGGCCACAAAGAUCAACGUCUCACUGGUUGUUGGAAUACAGAACGAGCAGCAUCCAACAUCACCAGCUAAUAACAUCCUCGACAUCCACGGUACCGACCUCACCACGCUACAUCAUGGUACAGAUGUGUUUUCUAGCCAAACAUCAACAUCUGGCCAACCAUCAACAUCUGGCCAACCAUCAACAUCUGGCCAAACAUCAACUUCUGGCCAACCAUCAACAUUUGGCCAAACAUCAACAUUUGACCAUCAGCUAGCCGUGGAACAGACGACCACAUCCUACAGGCCAACGGCCAGUGUAGUGGACCCAACAAACAGUGCUAGGGUGAAUGACCUCAUUAGACAAAUGGUCAUUGAUAUGCUAAUGAGCAAGAUCCAGAACACAAAGAAAAACUCAACUUCCGGUGUAACCGAGGCCCAGCUGACCAAUGAACUGUUAAAAUUACUGGGCGGCGUCCCCGUGAGUACACCGGAUGUGACGUCACAGGUCCAGCAGACGACACAAAGCGCAGUCACCAGCACUGUGGCAAACUCGAAACCAGUUGUGGGAACUGAUCCUGUGCCUGCAGUAGGGCCAGUUUUUGCUCCCGCUCCACCAUCCACAUCGGCUCCAACAAGCUCAACUCCACCAACGGCACCUCCACCAAGUUUACCUGCUGAUCAGAUCAUUAAGAAGGUCAACGUCCAGCUUGCCCACCUGGCAGAAAACAUCAUCGAGGCCCUGAUUGUGCAGACGUCAACUGGCACCCUGUCUGGAGAUGAUCCGCUCAUCCGAGCAGCCAAAGCUCUACUCAUGGAGAUCAAGGACCUAACCCAGCCCACAAACAACACCUCGCAGUUAUCUCCCUUAAAGCCCGUGUCGCCAACCUCUUAUCCUGUGUUACCUCCCUCUAAACCCGAAAACAACAGUCUUUUCAAUCAGCUGUCAUCGGGCAGUCCAUCACCCCCAGGUUUUGACAGUCUGUCAACCCACAGCCCUGUUCAUGACAACACCACUGUGCUGUCUGAUGCUGUCUGGUCCAGCACUACGGCCAACUACACCACUGAUGGUGGUUUUACCUACAGCACAAACAUGGGGAACAGCACAAACAUAGGGAACAGCACAAACAUGAUAAACAGUACAAACAUGGCGUAUAGCGCAGACAUGAUAAACAGCACAAACAUGGCGAACAGCACAGACGUGUCAAACAGCACAACAGCUGAGGUAACAACGGAGGCAUCAACAAGCACCGUUGUCAUGACAACAGACCCAGGGGAAGCGGCACCAACACCACCCCCUCCCCCACCAGGCAUGCCCCACAUGUUUGAGGCUCAGCCUGGGAUGCAGCCCACAGAGAGCACGAGUCCCGAGAGUUUGAGAACCCCUGGCCAAACGCUGGCCCUACUGGAGCAGGAACGGUCGGCUCUCAUUGCAACACUGGCCAGAUUUUACGGUGUGCCACUUAGUCAAGCCGAAAGUAUUUUUAAACUCAUUGAGGCGAACAAAAAGGUAGCGGCAGAUAGCAGUACCCAAAGACAAGGUCAAAGUUCAACCCAAACACAAGGUCAAAGUUCAACCCAAACACAAGGUCAAAGUUCAACCCAAACACCAGGUCAAGGGUUAACCACGGCGGAUAACGUUAACCAAACAGAUGGCCAAAAUGUAGAAUACAACCCAACUGAAUCUCCCGUGUCCAGAACUAGCAGUGAAUACACAACAGUUAGAGACUCAGGCUCAGGUGUCAGAGGGACAUCAGAAGCAACUGAUCUCUACACAGACCUGCGGCAGUGGUCAACUAGCAGUGCUACACAGUCAGUGGGAGGACAAGAUGUCACACCUCAGUCUGUCACUGACAUGACAGGUGGGUCAAUGCUGACAACUGAUCCAUCACUUGCUCAUCAUCCUGAUGAUACGGUUGUACCACCCAAUGAUGUUACGGUUGUACCACCCAAUGAUGUUACGGUUGUACCACCCAAUGAUGCUACGGUUGUACCAUCUAUUGAUGGCAAAGAUGUCGCGACAAUGAAUGGUACAGUGCAAACAACCACCAGUGGUGCUGUGUUAGCCAGCAGCCAAUCAACAACCACCAGUGGUGCUGUGUUAGCCAGCAGCCAAUCAACAACCAGCAGUGGUCUGGCGCCUCCUGCCAUUCAGCAGAUGGCCAGUGAUAUCGCUAGGAUACACACAAUGGGCACAAGAGACAACCACACAACCACAGUGGGCACCAUUGACAACCACACAACAACCACCAUCCAACCUGAAUCUGCUGAUGAAAUCAUUAUCCAAGUUGGCCCAGGAACUCCAGGCUAG